GGUUGCGCGCAGGGACAUUGCCCGCUGCAUUGUCAGGAUGGGCACACUAAACACUCAAUACAAUAAAUCGUCUCGUAACCUGAAGUUGAAGGAGUCCCCCGGUCUGAAAGUGACGACCACAACAUCAAUUUGAAGAAGAAGGAGCACGUGGUUAAGUAAGUCUUAUAAAUAUCCCUCUACAACCGGCCGCAUGCUGUUGUGCCACUGGCAACAUCAGCUCUGCGGACCGAUUUUCAGAGCAAGAAGAGAUGGAGGAACGCGUCAACGGUCUACCAUUGUAUUAAAGGGAAAUACCGAUUAUCUUUAUACUUCAACCUACUUGCCAUACUUUUGAUACACUUUUUCCCCGCAUUUUCUCAAUUUAUAUUGACCCAACACAUGCGUUAUAACAACUUUAAUAGGUUAUAUCUCGUCGAGACGACACCUUGCGAGUACCAGGACGGGUUGAUUUUUGCACUGUUGUAUGUUCUUCUGUCAAGAACCGCGAUGCAACUGCUCAGCGAAACCCACCUUGAUCUUGAGAUAGAGAAAUCAAAGACGGACUUGUGCUGAGCGAGGUACUGGCCACAGUUGGAAAGCUCGCAGCGCUCUGAUGCGGUAGAGGUGUGCUCUAACCCACAGGCUACACGUCUGUUCUGCACAACUGGAGAUAGCGAGCUAGCUGGUUGUAGUUUGUUUUUGCUUCAAGGUUUUUAUAUUAAACCUUGAUUGGCAUUUAAUGGCCACAAUUCGGUCUUUUUCGUUUGGACAAUUGUAACUUUACACGCGCGUUUAGUAUGCGUUUAUUCUGAAGUGAUUGGUAAUAUCAUACAUUGCCUACUGCUGCUGUCUGCUCCCCGCUGCCCGUAUAACGGAUUUUACAGAUUAGUUCACUUCCAUGGUUGAAUGGAUUUCCAGGUACAAUUUGAAAUACUGUGCUGAAACUGGGAUCACAAAACUACCACGUUUCCCAAUAUUUAGGCCACAAGUAGUUACGUGUGUAAGCCUAUAUAUCCAAUAUUUAGGCUUUUUUUCAUGUUUAUAUUGCCUUUCCGUUAUAUUUAAAUAUCCUUUCCAAGGCCGCUUUUAUCUUUUUUUUGGUCAAUAUUUCAAGACGCUGCUGUAGUCUACUUUUAGAGUUCACAAUGAACUACUGCGUUUUAAGUCUUCUCCUGACCAUGGAUUUAGCCACUGUGGCCGUCAGUUUGUCUACAUGCAGUACGCUGGACAUGGAUCAGUUUAUGAAAAAGCGCAUAGAAGCCAUCCGUGGACAGAUACUGAGCAAGCUGAAGCUCACGAGCCCCCCGGAGACAUACCCCAAGCCCGAGGAGGUGUCGCGGGAUAUCAUCGCCAUCUAUAACAGCACGAGAGACCUGUUGCAGGAGAAAGCCAACGAUCGGGCGGCGACGUGUGAGCGCCAACGAAGCGAGGAGGAGUACUACGCAAAAGAGGUUCACAAAAUCGACAUGCAACCCCCCUACCCCUCUGAGAAUGUUAUCUCUCCCACGCACUACAACCCGUACUACAGACGGCUCACCUUCGACGUGACCUCCAUGGAGAAGAAUGCCUCUAACCUGGUCAAGGCUGAGCUACGAGUCUUCCGCCUCCAGAACCCCAAGGCCCGCGUGUCUGAACAGAGGAUUGAACUGUACCAGAUUUUGAGUCACAAGGACCUGGCGUCCCCGACGCAGCGCUACAUUGACAGCAAGGUGGUGCGCACGCGCACGGAGGGGGAGUGGCUGUCUUUUGACGUGACAGAGGCAGUCAGUGAAUGGUUGCUUCAUAGAGACAGAAACAGUGGAUUCAAGAUCAGCUUGCACUGUCCAUGCUGUACGUUUGUGCCCUCAAACAACUACAUCAUCCCCAAUAAGAGUGAGGAGCUGGAAACCCGCUUUGCAGGUAUAGAUGACAGCUUCCACCACAGCGGAGACCUGAAGGUGUAUCGGAAGCGGCGCCACAGCGCCCAGGCUCCACACCUGCUCAUGAUGCUGCUGCCCUCCUACCGCCUAGAGUCCCAGCACAAGAGCCACCGCUCCAAACGAGCCCUGGAUGCUGCCUUCUGCUCCAGAAAUGUCCAGGAUAACUGCUGCUUGCGGUCGCUCUACAUCGACUUCAAGAAAGAUCUGGGCUGGAGGUGGAUCCAUGAGCCCAAGGGCUACAAUGCUAAUUUCUGCGCCGGGGCCUGUCCCUAUCUAUGGAGCGCUGACACCCAGCAUUCCAAGGUGCUAGGCCUGUACAACACCAUCAACCCGGAGGCGUCAGCAUCACCCUGCUGUGUGUCUCAGGAUCUGGAACCUCUCACCAUCCUCUACUACAUCGGCAAGACCCCCAAGAUAGAGCAGCUCUCCAACAUGAUCGUCAAGUCCUGCAAGUGCAGCUAGGAACUGUGCAUAUUCAGUCACACACACACACACACACACACUUGGAUACACACACAUUCAGUCACACACACAUGCACACACGCGUGUAUGCACCCACCCACCCACACAUAUAAAUACACAUACUGUACAUAUACACAUACACACAUUCCUCAACAAACACAUAUUGUACAUUCACACAGUCAGUCACACUAUUAGUCUCCUGCACUAUUGUACAGACAUAUUUGAUCUCCUACAAGCACAAGUGGAAAAGGUGCUGAGCAGAUCUAGGUACAGAAAACAUGUCUCCCGAAACAUCCAUGCGCACACACACACACACACACACACACACAUACACACAUACACACAUACACACACACACACACACACACACACACACACACACACACACACACACACGCAGCUGUGGCUUUUGUACAGGUGUGCCUGUGUUUUUGUGUUUAGAAAGGCCCUGUUAACAUGCCUCACCUCACACACUUGUCACACAAAGACACAAGAGUACGGCAAACACUGGAAAAAAAGUAUACGUGUCUAUAUGUGAAAUAAUACGUCUGAGAAACAAAGACGACCCCCCGGUUUCAACAUUCAAAGCAAGCCAUCUCCUUGAUUUUGUUUGUCUCGUUUUGCAUCCUUUUGAAACUAUUGUAAUUUUAUAUUUUGUUUAGAUUUUUGAUAAUUGUAUUGCCUAUUUAAUAUCCAGUGUUUUAUGGUUAGCCCCCAACACGUUUUCAACUCUCUCGAGAAGUGGUGGAUGAAUCCACUUCCCAAUGUCAGUUUACUAAUAUGUUAUAACAUAGUAAUGUUAUAAUUGCAUCCCAUAUGCUGUUUAUAUGUGCUGUAACAGCCACUUUAGGCAGAAAGAGGCUAGGAGAGUGUAAGAGAGAGACAGAGAACAAAAGAAAAUAAGCACACCUAGCAUGCCUACCUUUUCAACAGAGACUCAUCCUCACACAGGCAUACUCAUAAAAAAAACACACACACACCCAUCCCAAACACUGCAGCAGGCAACAUAUUCAAACUCUGCUGGAAUGAACAGUCCUGACAUUUUGAUAACAAAACAACUAAACAAGAAAAGUGUCCCAAAGUAAUGUUGAACUCUGUUUACCUUGUGCAUUGCAUCUUGAAUGCUUUAGGAAGCCCAACAGUGAUUCCAUCAACUACACAAGGUAUGUCAUCAUAAACACACGUUUAAGAUUUCCCUGGAUAUGUUGGAUUGUUCUGAGUAGAACCGGAUUGUCGUUGUCUAUAUGAUGCAGUGGUAUGGGAAUGUGGAAGUAUGUUAGUUAGGGAGGUAUACUAGUGUUGUCGUGACAAUUAGAGAGAAGGGAUACAAUAGGUGAGAAUGGACAGUAGAUGUGACCUGGUUCAGAGAUUAUCCAUGUACCUUUGAGACCAUUCCAUUAGGUCUGAGAUGACUUUAGGUCAGAGGUCAAAAGGUCAUAUUUACAGGUGUGCAGUAGUAGUUAUGGACACCAGCAUUGUAUCUGCUCAUUUGCAUCCGAAAAGCUUUGUCUCGCCCGCCUCCCUCAAAGUGUAAAGCCAUUAUUCAGUCAUAGGUUUUUGUCCUUUGUAGGAAUAAAAAUUGUUGGAUACAAAGAAUUGCACUGACGCUAUUUUGAUUCUGUUUUUUAUUUUUGUAUUUUUUAAUAGUCGUUACUUCCCCGUUAUUAAAUGAGUGUUGAUGAUGUGACUUAGAGCAGGAAGUGUAGGUGACACUACCCCGCCCCUAACCCCACCCCCCUUUGUGCACCCGCGCCAGAGGACUUCCUGGAAAACCAGGAAGAGGAGCGAGGCACCAAUAUUGUCAUGAUAGAGCUAUUAUUUUUCGUUGUUGUUGUUUAUGAUGAUUAUGUUUUUGUUGUUGUUGACCCACUAUGAUGUAUUGUAACACAUUAUUGUUGUUGUACUCUAGUGGUAAAUAAAUUAUUUAAAUUACAAGGGAA